GGGAGGAGGAAGGGAAGGGGGUUCGCAUUCCCACAUUGGCUGUGCAACUAACUCUAGGGCGCUUUGCGGGACUCCAUAGCCGAACAUGGGGUUCAGUUUUGUCACCGUUUGCGUAAAGUGACUCCGAAGAAAAAAGCAAUGGAAAAGCGCUUCUGAAACAGGAUAAAGUGUCGCUUUCUGUGUAGAAUUCAGUCAUCUCCAUCCGAGUGCGUCUGCCAGAAAGUAGAGAGAAAGAGAGAGAAGGGAGGCUUUACUGGAAACUCAGACUUUCACAGUCCUUGGACACUGAGCUCUUCCAAGGACUCUGGGAAUCAAGUCAAAAAAGUUUCAUGCUGAAUAUUCCUGCAUUAAACUGAGGUCCAGGGUGUAAGGGGAGCAGUAGGUCUCGGAGCUCCAAUGCCAGUGGACAUGCAGCCACACCAGGGGCUGUAUCACUAUGAGACCUCACCCAGCCAGCCCUCCAGAGGCCUAGUCCCAUCAGACCAGUCUCCAUACAGUGAUGUGUCCUCGCUGCGUGGCCCGCUCCUCAACGGCCCUCCCCAGGACUGCCGCGCUAUGUAUAAUCCCAUGACUCCCAGUAUGACUCAUGGAUCAGGACCAGGACAGGGGAUUGCCCACUGCAUGGAUCAAUAUAUGAGGCCCCCUCAGGCCCCACCGCCACACAGUAUGAUGGGCCACAGGGGCAUGCCGCCCACAGAGGGUGGUAAUAGCACCCCCUACUGUAACCAGAACAACAUGAUGUCCUCUCAUCACAACUUCUGCCAGAUUCAGCCUGGCUCUGAUCAGAUUUGCUCAGGCGAUGGCUCGAGGUUCUCCACACCUCGUUCCAUGCUGAAGCUGAGUAAAAAAAGAGCUUUGUCCAUCUCUCCUUUGUCUGAUGCCAGUGUAGACCUGCAGACUGUGAUCCGGACAUCACCCAACUCCCUGGUGGCCUUUGUUAACUCUCGCUGCAACCCCAACGGGGCCAGUUCUUAUGGCCAUCUCUCUGUGAGCGCCAUGAGCCCAUCCCUCGGCUAUUCCAGCAAUAUAAACUGCCAAUCCAGGCAACAAGGUUCCAUGUAUGGAGGAGGCGGGGGGACACCUCUUGGUGGACACGCACCAGGUCCCUGCCAAGCUUCCCGCUUACCUCCCCACAAUCCUCGGCUCCACGCUCCGCCCAAGCAUGGUCAUCUGAAGACAGAGCCAGGGCUGGGAGGUGUGAUGGAUGGCAUGAAUGUGAAGAGCCUGGAGGAGAGGUCAGAGGGAGAUGUGGCCAGUCCUUCUUCCACUGGUACUCAGGACCCUCUCCUGGGUCUCCUGGAUGGCAGAGAUGACUUGGACAAGGAGGACGGGAAGCCUGAACAAGAGGCCAUCUAUGAAACCAACUGCCACUGGGAGAGCUGCAACAAGGAAUUUGACACACAAGACCAGCUGGUUCAUCACAUCAACAAUGAGCACAUCCAUGGCGAAAAGAAAGAGUUUGUGUGUCACUGGCAGGAGUGCUCUCGGGAACAGAGGCCUUUCAAAGCCCAAUACAUGCUGGUGGUUCAUAUGCGCAGGCACACAGGAGAGAAGCCACACAAAUGCACUUUCGAAGGCUGUAAUAAGGCCUACUCUCGCCUGGAGAAUUUGAAGACCCACCUGCGCUCUCACACUGGAGAGAAACCAUAUGUGUGUGAACAUGAAGGCUGCAACAAGGCCUUCUCCAAUGCUUCAGACCGGGCCAAGCACCAGAACCGAACUCACUCCAAUGAGAAACCUUAUGUAUGUAAGAUCCCCGGCUGCACUAAGCGAUACACAGAUCCAAGCUCUUUGCGUAAACAUGUGAAGACGGUGCACGGCCCUGAAGCCCACAUCACCAAGAAGCAUCGUGGAGACACAGGACCUCGACCCCCUGGUUCAGCUAUGACCCCUGGAGGUCAGAGUUCUGAACUGCUGCUAGAGAAAGAGGAGACACGCAGGGAGGACUGCAAACUUUUGGCUCCUGAGACUGCUCUGAAAUCCCAGCCAAGCCCUGGGGGUCAAUCAUCCUGCAGUAGUGAACGCUCUCCACUGGGGAGCGCCAACAACAAUGACAGUGGGGUGGAGAUGAACCUGAAUGCAGCAGGCAGUCUGGAGGAUCUCACGGCACUGGAGGAUGGAGUUGCAGGUGGAGGAGGAGGAGGGGAGCCAGGAAGUGUAGGAGGAACAAUGGGAAUGUCAGCACAGGCUUUGAAGAGGCUGGAGAACCUAAAGAUUGACAAGCUGAAGCAAAUCCGCAGGCCAACCCCUCCUGCCCGCUGUGCUAAUAACAAGCUACCUGCUCUUCCUGGUCCAGGGGAGAAUAUGGGAAUGUGUGGACCUUCUCCACUGCUCUCAAAUCGACGCGUUAUGGAGCUGUCCAAUCACGAGUUAGGAGGUGGCACAUCGAUUGGCUGCUCUUCUAAUGACAGGAGAGGAAGCGGCACCAGCAGUCUAAGCUCCGCUUAUACUGUCAGCCGUCGGUCCUCCAUGGUGUCUCCUUACCUGUCUAGCCGGCGCUCCAGUGAGGUCUCACAAAUGGGAGGAACAGGAGGGGGAGGGUGUCACCUCCUUGGCCCAGAGCAGAGCGGGGGAGACCCCCUCUCUCCUGAGACCAAUCGCAGAGGAGCUCCGUGUCCUGGAGGAGGAGGAUUGCCAGGUCUUCCUAAUUUAACACCCGCCCAGCAAUACAGCCUAAAGGCCAAAUAUGCUGCAGCAACUGGUGGACCGCCACCUACCCCUUUACCCAAUAUGGAGCAGACAGGUCCGCCAGGCAGAAGAGGAGGUGUUUUGAGUGAGUACCAGGGGCAGCCUCUGCCUCCUUUCCUUCAACAAGGUGGUCCACGUAGGCACAGUGCCAACACAGAGUAUGGCACUGGUGUUAUCUACCCUCACCAGGCUCCAGGUAACAACAGCAGGCGAGCAAGUGACCCGGUUCGAUCAGUAGCAGAUCCACAAGCUCAUCCCAAGCGCUUCAAUAGCCUUAAUAAUGUAGCCAUGAUGGGCCGAAGGAAUGCGCUGCAACACCGUGGCUCUGACACCAGUCUUGCCCGCCACAUGUACUCCCCUCGGCCACCUAGCAUUACAGAGAAUGUAAUGAUGGAGGCUAUGGGUAUGGAGCCCCACCUUGCCCCUGUUGAUGCCAGGGAUCGUUCCAUGAUGUUGCCUCCUGGAGAGAGAAGCUUCAUGGGAUACCAGCAACACCAUCAAACUCUUGGAGGAGUCAGAGGUGGAGUUCCUCUUUCAAACCAACUGUCCCCAAGCCAUGACUCUCUGAGCUGCCCAGACCAGGCUUACAUGCAGGCACACUACCAGAACCAGGGAAGGGAGGUCACUUCCAGGGCUGGUGGAAAUCCAAUAGGCCAAGCAAGGCCUAGUCACUCAGAGGGCAUGUCUAAUACACUUCUCCAACAGGCCGAGUAUAGUAUGAGCACCUGCCAGCUCAGUCCCUCAGGCCCCCAUUACCCUAGCAUAGGCCAGGGCGGUGAUGCUGGAGGCCCUUGGAGUGAUACCCACAGCCAUGCUCUUCAGAACCAGCGAGGAAUGCAGUAUUCAGAUCCUAGCCUGCAGCCUCAACAGACACAGGCCCAUUUCAGCAAUCAAACAGGCCUCUACAACAAUCCUGAUGGAACCCAAAAACUCAUCAUCAAGCCUGAGCAGCAGUUCCACCCUGGGAUGGGAAGUGGAGAUGCCUGUCAAAGUGCUAAGCUCCAACAGCAGCGGAUGCUCCUCCAGCAGACUCAGGGUUACCCACAACAGACAGGCCAGGUCAUGAUGAGGAACUCUAACAAUCCCAGCUGUGACUUUCAAGGGCCGAACCAGAACUCCUUCCCCAGUGGCGGGGGCUUGAGCUUGGGCUGUGCUGGCACUGUGCUUUCAGAUGGGCAGAGGUCAGAAACCCCCAUGAUGCAGGUGAAGGAGAUGAUGGUGAGGAACUAUGUACAGUCCCAGCAAGCACUCAUGUGGGAGCAGCAACAAGAACAGCAACAACAGCAGCAGCAGAGUGGAAUAAAACCUCCUCCUCUAUCGGAUAAUAUGGAUAUGAGUGCCCAGACAGCAAUGAUGCAGCAUAGUCCACAGCACCAAAACCAGAAUCUUUACUCCAGCCAGCCCUAUCCGUCCUACCCCAACCAGAACCUGGUCAUGAGCCCUCCGGCCCACAGCCAAGGGCCCAGCGCUGUGACACCUAAAGACCAGCAGCUGACUGGUCUCCAAGGCUCAUGUUAUGGCCAGGAGAUUGUGGUCCCUAGGCCUCCUCAGGGACGGAAACCUCUCAGCCGCCAGAACAGCCUGUCACAGGUAGGAGGAGGCUACCUGGGCAGCCCACCCCACCUAAGCCCUGUCCACUCCACUUCCAGCCCUAGGCGAGCGGUCCGACUUCCUCCAGUUCAGCAUCCACAGCACCCACAAAGUGAAAUGUUCUCUCCUUCCAAUAACAACAUGUACUACUCGGGUCAGAUAAACAUGGAUAUGGAAAAACACAUGGACCCCCAGACUGGACCUUGUCUCAACCAGCAGCACAGUAUGGGGUCCAACCUGGACCCAACGGGUGGCACAAAGUCUGCCCCCAUGGCUCCCUAUCCUGAAUCUGGCCCCAUCUCCAAUGCCUUAGAAAACCUGGACCUGGACAAUGCUCGCAUAGACUUCACCUCUAUCAUUGAUGAUGCUGAGUCUUCCUCGUUCAGCCCAGUCAACAAUCCCCUUCAGGGUCAGCCAGGGUCUUCCUCCCAGGCCUCAUCCCGCCUCACCACCCCCCAGACUUCUGUCAGCCUAGCUGCAGGCCCCGGCCUGUCCAACAUGGCUGUGGGCGACAUGACAUCUAUGCUUACCUCUCUGGCUGGGGAGAAUAAAUACCUGAACACACUGUCUUAGAAGAAGACUUUGGGACAUCUUUUUCCAGACUAACAAUCAAGUAGAGGCCUUGGCCAGUUCUUAAUGUUUUAAUUGAGAUCCCAGUAUCCAGAGGUGACCAGCCUAAGGUUUAAAACGUUCUGACGCUUGUAGUGAUUUCCCCUAGUACAUUGACAGAGAGCCUAGUUAGGGUAAGGUAGACAAACUUUUGAAUGGAUCAUUUCAUGUAAUGGAUCAUUAGUCUGGACUUUUUUAUACAUCCCCAUAAGCCUUUAUAUGUUAAUACAACCCAUUAACCCUUGUUUGAGCCAGGAUCCUGGCUAGGGGUCUGUUGCUACUGGAUACCCAUGUAACAGGAAUAAUGAUAUGUUGUAAUGAGACUAAGCCCAUCACAGGUCAAAAUUGUAAGAAUCCCCACCUAAAACCUUAAAACCAAAGGUGCCUGAUCAACCUCCCUCGCUGUAUUGUUCCUUCACUGCCUUGGUACUUGGUAUUUUUCUUUGCCUUACUUUAAGACACAGAGCUACAUGCCUGAUAUGAAACUGAUACUGAACUUUUUCCAAACAGGCAUUCCAGUCACAUAGUGCUGUGGCAACAGUAGAGCAGAGAAGGAUGCAUGUAAAUAAGUUUUAUAUACAUUUAUAUAUGUUGUGUACAUGACAAUGAGACAGAAGAUGAAUCAUCCCCUGUCUUGUGAUAGACUGCUUGGAUUCUGAAGGUCAAUGUUCAGACGGGAGUUUGUAAGUUGGUUGCUUGUAGAGCUGAGUGAAGACUAAAGAUGUGCUUGUAGUGAUUGAGAAAUAAUUUCUCGGUGCUACUAAAUAUUAAUCUGUGUUGAUACGCAUUUCUUCCUUGUCAUGAACAACACACUCUUUAUAAUGGCAUAUCAGUAUUCCCACACAUGCACAAAUGCAGUCACAGACACACACAUAGCCUACACUCAGGAGCUGUUGGUGUUCGAAUUACAUGUAUGUUGUAAUUGCCUUUCCAGACAGAGAGUUUGCACUCCACAUGUUUACUGUAAGUGUUCCUAAAGUAGCUGUGUACUUUUUUCAAUGGUGUUUAUAACUGCAAAACAGAAAGGACCUUGCCCUUUCUAUGGUACAUACAUGGGGGAUAAUGAGUAAAGCUCAAAUAUAAUAUGUGUGUAACAAUCCCCUCCACAUUACAGUGCGUCUGAUAUAUUCAAACAUAAUGCCUUCGCUGAACAUUAACCCAGCCUACGACUCCUACAUGACUCAGCUGAGGAUGACGGCUAUUUUGAAUGACGCCCGAGACAGCUGGUUUGUAUCUGCUAACAGAUCAGUAAUAGUUGCCUAUAUUUAAGAAACUGAGGUACAUUAAUAGUACAGUGCUACUGCACUUUGGCUCUAAUCCCAAAGAGGAGUUAUUUGGAAAUUCUGCAUUACUAAUUUAGGAUAGGGGAUCAAGAAGCAGGAAUUUUAUCAUUCGCUACCACUGUAGUAAAAUACAUAUUGUUAUGUGUACACUGAGGUACUUUUGUGCGACUAUUGAGUUGCAUCAUACUGAAGAAGGCUGCAGCUCUUGGUAGGAGAACUCAUUUUACACUGCUUUGCACUGACUACAGCACUGUGUGGAAAGGUCUCUGUCUCUUUUGACUAUUCACAUGAAAACCUAAUUUUGAUAGCGAUAAAGAAUCAUCACAGUAUUUUAUAGUCAUUCAAGAACAUAUCUGAGCACAGCUAGACUCAAUAAGGCCACAUUAAAGUACUGGUAAAGCAUUUUAUGUGACUUUUCAGAAUAAAAUAGUAACGUCACUUCAGUGUUUACUAAGCAUUAGCGGGAAUGAACAUUUCUUAAUUUUGGAAAAAGUGUACAACCUACCAAAGACAUCUUAAAAUGACUGAGAAAAAGAUGCACAAAUAGUCUAUUUUAACACAACACUAACACUAGCAAUAAGGGCAUGAACAUUGACUGAUAGUGCUGUUCUUUAGAAUGUAUGAGAUGUUUUGUAUAAAAUUAUCUUUUUAUAUUAAUGAACUUUAUGGACGUUGCCUUCUAUGUGUGUGUUUUUUUUAUAACUGUCAUCCUUCAUUCUGACUUUUUUGCUGGCAAAAGAAUAUCACCAUUAGCAACAGAAAGCUAUAAUAGUAGCAUUAACUAUAAUAGACAAAAGCCAAGUGUUAUAUUUUGUGUACAAUUUUCUACAUUUUUAUACAAAUGUGCUAUAUUUUACCAGUUUAUGAAUAAACAUGUUCAGUGGGAUGGAUGCAGAA